UCACAGCCGUGUUCACAUUGCGAUUCAGGUCUUGAUCGAUAUACUGUCUAUGGUUGAUCGUCAGCCACGUUGUUCGCAACACUAAUGUCUGCCCAACAGCCUGCAAGCAGCCUAACCGAGGCAGCAGCGUUACUUCACACUGUACUGGCGUCAGCGGAGACCAUCAGAACCUUGUCUAAUGCGACAACAGUCGGGCAGCAACCGACGGUUGCAACUUCAAGCUCAAGCCGCGACACACUGGACAGUCACAUAGCGUCGCUUUUCCCCUCCGGACAGCACAGCACCGUGACACUGCCCACUGCAGCUCCAGUCCGGAGAGAGUGUGCGCCGCGUUAUCAAGCGCAACGCUUCAGCUCUUGGACUUCAGCCACGAGGAGGAAAAGAGUCAGGACACAGCAGCAUGACCAUUUCAACAAGGACGUAAUACUACUCCCUAAUCAAUCAUGGGGAGUAGUGUGCAAACAAGGUCCAAAAUCAUGGUUACACAAACAUGGACACAUCCUCAGUGCCUUUGAAUUACAGAAGGACUGGGACCACCAGACUGUUUUAGAACGCAUCAGGAAUGGCUUUGGUGAGAACAUUCCAGAUGAUGUCAGCCUCCAGUUUCUCAUGGCUUGUGGCAAUAAGCUGGUAUUCCCUAAGCUCCAGGAUGGUCAGGAGCUGAAUGGGAUGCUAAUUCACAAGGUCUUUAAAACCAAAGCCCUGUAUGUGAGACCAUCAAGGACCCUUUUUAACGCUUUUGCGAUUUUGUUUGUUUUUACCACUUAA